AUGGUGCAUAUGAUGAAAUCCGGAGAUCUCCAAACGACGCCGUGUACGGAAAAGGUGCCGGUGAAGUUGGAGAUGGAGGACGCUUUGGAGGACGAGCAUGGCCCGCUCAACAAGCGUCCCAAACCCUCCCCUGCUUUUCAAGAGAGGAGUGUUGGGGAUAAUGCAUUUGCUGUCCCACCUUCACAAUACAAUCCACUCGAUGAGCCUAGCCCUUUGGGUUUGAGGCUAAGAAAGAGCCCGUCUCUAUUGGAGUUAAUUCAAAUGAAACUUGCUCAGGGGGGUGCUUCUACAACUGGAGCUGUACAAAGUGAAAAUGCCAGCUCUGCAGUUAAAAAAGAAAGUAAAGCAACUGCUGCAGUGGGUACUACGGAUAAGCUCAAGGCUUCAAAUUUUCCAGCUUCACUUUUAAGGAUUGGGGGUUGGGAGUAUAAAUCAAGAUAUGAGGGAGAUUUAGUGGCGAAGUGUUACUUUGCUAAGCAUAAGCUUGUUUGGGAAGUUCUUGAAGGUGGUCUCAAGAGUAAAAUAGAAAUCCAGUGGUCAGAUAUUAUGGCUCUCAAAGCAAAUUGCCCGGAUGAUGGACCUGGUACUUUGACUGUUGUGCUGGCUAGACAACCUCUUUUCUUCAGGGAGACUAACCCUCAGCCUAGAAAGCAUACCUUAUGGCAGGCAACAGCAGAUUUUACUGAUGGACAAGCGAGCAUUCAUAGGCAACAUUUUCUGCAAUGUCCACAAGGACUGUUAAACAAACACUUUGAAAAGCUUAUCCAGUGCGACACGCGGCUUUGUUUCUUAAGCCGACAGCCAGAAAUUGUUUUGGAAUCACCAUGUUUUGAACCACGGUCUUCUGCUUUUGAAGAUCCAGAAUCCAAAGACCAUGGUUUUGAUCCACUGGGAAAUGGUAACGGUUCCUCCGUCUCUGGGUUCCAAGAUGUAGCAUCACCAUCUGCCAGUCAAUCAUCUUCUUUGAAGAUCGAUCAGCAGGAUACAGCUUCUAUGGCAUUGGAACAUCAGUCCAGAGAAGCGCCUUCCCCCAGCUCAGUUAUGGAUGCUCAUGCAAUUGAAGGAAAUGGAAGUUCUGGAGCUGUUGAUUCCAGGGGGCCGAAAAAUUGUGUACAAAUGAAAGUGCCUGGACUUCAUCCAGCGAUGUCGAUGAGUGAUCUUGUGAGUCAUAUUGGGAACUGUAUUUCAGAACAAAUGACUUCUGGAAAUCCGUCUUCUGCUGACCAACAGUCAGAAUACCAAGACAUGCUCGAGGACAUUGCACAAUACCUGCUCAGCGACAAUCAAUUUACAGCAGCCUCAGAUGAGAAAUCCCUCAUGUCAAGGGUCAAUUCUCUUUGUUGCCUUCUGCAGAAGGACCCUGGUUCAGUUCAGAAUAUGGUUGAUGGUGAAAGUAGUGGUGAAGGACAAGAUGGUGGAAGUGAUGCUCAGCUUAAUCAUACUCCUGAUAAUAAAUCUGGAGCCAAUACAAAGGAUCCUGAAGAUGAUACGAAGGAUGCUUCUGGUGGGAAGAAGGCAACAGGCAUGUCAAGGAAAGACUCCUUUGGGGAGCUGCUGUUUCAUCUGCCUCGCAUUGCCUCACUUCCCUCGCUUCCCUCGCUUCCGAAAGUCUUGUUCAACAUUUCAGAAGAAGAUUGCGAGAGCCAAGCCAGAUAG